AAUAAGAUAGUCUCAUAUCAUGAGCUCCUUCGCGCCACCAACAGUUUCAGCGAAGAUAACAUACUUGGCUCUGGAAGCUUUGGAAAGUUUUCAAGGGCCAAUUGAGCAGUGGUUUGGUGGUCGCGAUAAAAGUUCUGGACAUGCAACUGGACCAGGCCAUCCGAAGUUUUGAUGCGGAGUGUCGAGUUCUUCGCAUGGUGCGACACCGCAACCUGAUACGAAUACUCAACACUUGUUCUAACCUUGACUUUAGAGCGCUUAUACUUCAGUACAUGCCAAAUGGCAGCUUAGAGACACUCAUACACCAGUCCCAGAGUACAAUGCGCUUGGGGUUCCUUGAGAGGUUGGGCAUCUUGCUUGACGGGUCAAUGGCAAUGGCGUAUCUGCAUCAUGAGCACCACGAGGUGAUCUUGCAUUAUGACUUGAAACCUAGCAACAUGUUUGAUGAGGAUAUGACUGCGCAUGUUGCGGACUUUGGCAUUGCAAGGCUGCUUCAAGGUGAUGACAACUCCAUGACAUAUGCGAGCAUGCCCGGAACGGUUGGGUAUAUGGCACCAGAGUAUGGGUCUCUUGGAAAAGCAUCGCGGAAGAGCGACAUAUUCAACUUUGGAAUCAUGCUCCUCGAAGUCUUCACGGGAAGGAGGCCAACAGAUGCCAUGUUUGUCGGGGAACUGAGCCUUCGGCGGUGGGUUUGUCAGGCAUUCCCCUCGGAGCUCGUGCAUGUCGUUGAUGAGCGGCUACUACAAGGUCCGUCUUCUAGCUGCAACUUGGCCGAUGGCUUUCUUGUGCCAGUACUUGAGCUGGGUCUUCUCUGCUCCUGCGACUUACCUGAUCAAAGAACCACGACGAUGAGCGAUGUGGUCGUGAGACUAAAGAAGAUCAAAGUGGAGUAUAUCAAAUCGAUAGCAUCGAUGCUGGGGAGCGCAGCUCAGUGAUUGAUCACUGCCCUUUCUUCUAUCGAUCGAGCUGGAUGUAUCUGCUGGUCUUGUGCAAUAAGGAGUUAACGACAGCGGCGAUGCCGGGGAGCGCAUCAACUUUUACAAAUUACUGGGUCUGUUGGUCCGUGCGUGUAAUCAGUUCUUGGCAUAUUACUCCCUCCGUUCAAAAAAACUUGUCCCAAACUUUUCCA